UGAUUUGCACCGAGCUUGCAAUAUGGCCGACUAACAUGAUGCGGGCUGGGAAAUUGAAAAAAAUGUCAAAUUCUCUCUAUUUUUUCCCUUUAUGUCACCCUUAACAGAUUGUUCUAUAUGCAUAACACUUACUCUAUGUUUGUAUACUAAGACAUUGCUAAGAUAUUUUUGCAUUUUGAUGCAAAAUAGUGUUCUUUCAUCUUUCCAACUUUAGCUUCACAAGUUUCUGCAGCAAAAUGGCGGAUAGAAAAGGGAAAGGGAAGAUGAGUUCAGAAUUAAUCGAACAGAAACUGAUCUUGUUCAAUAGCAGUCAGGAAAGUGUACAAGCAAUGUCUCUGUGGAUUAUGCACAAUAAAGCACACCAUCAGAAAAUUGUUGAUUCCUGGAUCAAAGUUUUGAGGAAAAGUGACUCAAAACACAAAUUGACAUUGUUUUAUCUUUGCAAUGAUGUUGUUCAACAUGCAAAGAAGAAGAAGGCUCUGUAUUAUUUGGAAAAUUUCAAAGACAACUUGCGAGAAGCUGUACAGAUUGUUAGGGAGUUUGAAUCCAUCAAGCCAAAUAUAGAACGCAUCUUCAAGAUAUGGGAGGAAAGGAGGACGUAUGAUGCAAAGUUUAUCAAAGAGCUUCGCUCUAUAAUGGAAGGCGGAUCUUCCAGUAAGAGCUCGAGUGCCAGUGGUACACCUGCCCAAGUCUCUCCUGUUGUGUACAAGCCAAGUAGCAAGGAACUGAGGGAGAAACAUAAGAAGGAAAAGGCGAACAAAGACAGUGAUAAAAUAAUUGCUAAACCAGUUGAAGAAACCCCAGAUAUUUCUGGUGAAUUUAAGCCACCUACAUUCCUUGAUCAAAUGACAUCACUAAAGAAGUUGGAAGGGGAGGUAACUUUAAAAGCUAAACAGUUGGCUGCCCUCAGAAUUGAUGCUACAAAUAUAGAAGCUGUGAAACAACUGAAAGAUCGUUCCCAUGGUAAUGAGUUUUGCCGUCAGUUUGAAGAAUCCUGUGUGAAAAUAGAGGACUAUGUUGCAAUGUUAGAGAAGGAAAUUCGACAGCGACAGGUGGUUUUGUCUAUGUGUGACAAUGCAGAAGACUUCUAUUGUACCCAGUUUGAUGAAGCAAAAGUUGUUGCAAAUGCUUACAAAAAUUUUGGUGCUCGGGUAACAAACAUGAAAAAACGUGUCGAUGACAUGAAAAAGAUAAUACCGUCUACACCUAGUCCAGUUCCGUCCCCGACAGCUGAUGCUCCGUCACCAGGCAACACACCACCUCUACUAAACAUGGAUGACAAUGAGACGAUUGAUAUGGAAAUUUGUAACGAGGAUUCCGAACAAGCUAAGUCACAAGAUUCUGUGCCUAUAAUGCCAGGUCGUGCUUAUACAGCGAUGGUUAAAUCAAUUGGUCAGCCAAUUGCAAGUCUAACUAACAUUGUCAUUGGGCAGAAAGAUCAGACAUCAAAAGCAGCACCUGGGGCCCCCAACAAAGACAUGCUUGGAGGAACAUUUCAAGGUACAAAUAUCCUGGAGUCAAGAAUUGCAACCAUGUUGCCUAACUUGGCCAAAGGGAACAGUAGUAUGCCUGGUAUGGCACCUGCGGGUAUUGGUGGAGAGCCGCCGGACCUGUUUACCACAGAGAAACCUGCUACUCAAGUCCCAGAUGUAUACACCCCUCCACCCAGGUUAGAUCAGCUGCCCCCACAACCGGUACCACCUGUUCAACCUGUAGAGCCAGUAGGAGAUGACGCUGGAUCUUCAACACCAGUCCAGGAUGAACAGGAAGAAAAAGAGCUGACGCCUCCUCCAAAGAGUACACCUGCACCAAAACCAGAAACUAAAACGAAGACCAACCCAAUAGAUUUUCUGAGUCAGUUAUUGACAAAAACAAGUAGCUCAUCAAGCAGCUCCAAUUUUUUGCAGACAUUGUCACUUUUAACAAACACAGUGAAAACCCAGUAUCAGAAGAAACAAAGCGAGGAAGCAGAUGUUCCAAACCCAGAGGAAGAUCCCAAACCUCCGUCCCCAACUUUCUCUGGAGGUAUUACAGGGCCAGUAAAGUCUGCACCUGCAGAGUUUACUGGAGUACCUCCACCAGUUCCUAGUACACAAGCUAGUUCAUGGUCAGGUUGGAAACAAGUCAGUGCAAGCCAGCCUGAUCCCUCAUCCCCUCCAGUCAUCUCUCAACCCAAAACCCCAGAUGUAACACAUCAGCCCCCUCUUCCCCAGCACGCCCCACCCCCUCCAGAAUCUUUACCAUCUCGUCCUUUUAAUAUGCAGCCACCCUCUCCCCAGGACUUCUCCCUUCCUCCUCCUACAAUGAGACAGAGUGUCUCUCAGUCGUUCAUUAAUCCCCCGCCCCCUGUUCCUCCACCUCCCUCUAACUCCCAGCAGUUUAUGACACAGGUAAGCUCUGCUGCAUUUCCUCAGGUCAGCUCUAGCCAGCCUGUAGUUAUAACAGCUACUGUUGCACCAACAAAUUUGGUUACCCCUCAGCCAGGAUUGCCUUUCAGUUCAAAUGUGCCAUUUGGUGUACCACCUCCGGCAUCAAAUUCUGGGCCUGCCCUUGUUCCUUCUCGAGCACCGCCUCCCCCAUCACAGCCUCUAAACACAGCACCUGGUUUUCCUCAGCCUCUUCCACAGCAGACUAUCCUAUCUACUGGGUACCCACAGCCCCCUAAUCGACAGCCGCCCCCAGUAUCCGGUUAUCCCCCACCUCCCGUGCAACCAGGCGCAACAGGGCCAGGUUUUAUCCAAGGAAGAGAAAAUGCUUGGGAACCACAAAGACCUGUUGUCUCGGAACCAGUCCGACCUAAUAUUCAGGCUCCAUUUAUUAGAGGCCCAUUUGCUCCCCCUCCACCCCCUCCUGAUACUACAGCUCCACUUCCAUGGCAGCCUGAAAAUGCUCGGGCUCAAAACCAACAAAGUGAAAGCUAUGGUAACCAGAUCUCCUCAGUGCCGUCACAGAGGUCAGAAUGGGAAAACCCUGGUAAUGCUGGCUAUGAUGAUCCUAACUGGGAGGGUAAUAUAGGUGGCACAGAAAAUAGAUCAGGGGGUUAUGCCCAUCCGUGGGAUCAGCCCCAGAAUUAUGAUGAGGAUGAUGAUGACGCAGAGUUUGCAGAUGAAAUCCUUGAGACAACGCUGCCUCCAGCGCCAAAGAAAAGUAUCUUGCGUAACAAUCGGAAGUCAUCCUUGCGAGAAGUGACUUUAGUAGAGGAAACAUCAAGCAGUACCAGUUCAGCUGGUCAAACCAACCCAUUUGUUCCUUCAUUUGAAACAAGUCACAACUUAACACCAGUUAUUCCUCAGGCUAGAGAACAUAAACCAGUGGGUAUCUUGAAAAAGUCGUCCACUGAAGCGAUACCGGUUACCAAUCAUGGUGAUAGAACACAGUCAGAAUUUAUAAAUAUUCUUAAACAAAAAUCUGGUGCAAAUGCAAAUUUACCUAAUGAACCACCAUCAAGUAGGACUCUAACAACUCUUACAACAGUAUCUUCUGCAGAAUCUCAUCCUUCUGGACUUGGUUCAGAAAAUGUUUCUGCUAAUCAUACAAAAGGUGAGCCUAUUAGUACGAUAGGUGUUGUAGGUAAUACUGGAAGACCGUCCUCAGUUCAGUCUGAUGAUAUGGACUUGGAUACAGAGGAUCAGGAAUAUGGGAAUAAUGGAAAUGUGGACACAUGGCAGCAACCUAAAAAUGAGUGGGAUGUUAGUCAAGCGGUAAAUGAAAAGCAGCAAGAUAUGGAAAUACAUAAAGACUUUGAAAGACAUCAUGAUUAUGAACAACAAACAGACUAUGAAAGACAUGAAGACUUUGAAAAGCAUAAAGGCUUUGAACGAAGGCAAGAUUUUGAAAGGCAUCAAAAUUUUGAAAGACAUCCAGACUUUGAAAGGCGUGAUUAUAAUGGUCCGCCACCUAGGCCUCGAUGGCCAGAACAGAGGCCAUGGCAGCAUAGGCCUCAAGAGCAUGAUCAGGGGGGAUUCCGUCCAAGAGGCGGGUUUCCACCUAGAACAAGAUUUUAUGACAAUUUUAGGGGACCAUCUCCAGCAAAAAGACCUUUCUUCUCCCCUAGGCAAAGAAUGCCUUAUCAUAGAUUCUGAAAUUAUGUUUUUAUGUCAUAGUUUUUAUUCAUCAUUCAAACUGUACAUUACUGGUUAACAGUUUUAACUAUUCUCGUUACUCAUAUCUUCUCAGUAUGUUUCUUUCAACAGCAGAUUAUGAAGUUUUAUUAGGUUUUCACUUAAUUUUCAUAAUAAUUUAUGGAAAUAAUUGCCAUGUUAAGGUGACAAGGCUUUCCUUUAUGCAAUGUAUCUAGUAAAUAUCCCAUUACAACUUA